CCCAAAUACAUUCCUUGUUUGAAAAUUUGUAAACGAACAUUCGCCUCGUAAUAACAACAUCACAAACAAGGAUUUACCUUUAUAUUUGACUUGUUUGGAAUAAAGAGGUAAGAAGCAGUGUCCAGACUGCUGUGUAACGGUCCUAGAAGGUUUUCGUCAAGGGGAGAAGUGUUUUAUAGGUUGCUAAACGAACAAGUGGCUUUUAAUAUAUAAACACUUUGUGGCUUUAAAACACAAGGCACAGAAUGCCCGUCCGCGGCGGUGGCGAUGAUAUUAGAGUUCACGAAGUACGAGCCGAACAGAGGGACCCACCUCCGGGUUACAGAAGACGGAAAGAACCCAGUUCACAAAGUUUUGAGCAAGGACCUGCUUAUCCUGACGAAGAGAGAGGUUUUCCACGAGCAAGUGAGCCGUACACCGCUUACAAAGUGAGUUGAAAAUAUCACGAAUGUUUAAUCCUAUCUCCUGAAAGCAAUAUAUCUUAUCUCUAUAUUAAAACACUUCGAAGACAUUCUUGUGAAAACUGAUGUUCACUUUAAAAUGUCAAUUAUAAACCCAAGGCAGAGUUAUUUGUUGAUUUCCGAGGUUGUCGAUUUCAAAAGGAAGCGAGAUGUAAAUUUCACAGUAGGCAUACUUGAAAAACAUCCUUGCACAAGUUCCCCGUGUUUUCUCUGCUUAAAGUCGGCUUGGUUUUUGCAAAAAGCUUUAAGACAUUAUGUAUAUUGUCUAAAAUGCCUGUGAACUGCCUGUAUUCUAUGUUUUAUGAAGGGUUUUAUCGCGUGCAUUGCAUGUAAAUAACUAUGAUGUUGCUCAUCGAUAAUGAGCCAAAUUAAUACAACAACGAAUAUCUCACUCAAACAUAUUCAGAUUUAGCAAAUUCCGUUCUUAAUUAAUUUCGUGUUAUUAUUCUCAUGGAGAACAAUACUCUUGCAGUAUGGAUGUCGUUUUCUUGUGUAAUGAAUAAUUUCCCCCUAAAACAAAUUAUUUUUGCCUCUGACUACAAGCGGUGCGAUGGCUGUUACAAUUUGUUUAAGAAUUAGUGAUUUAUUAAUUAUUGUUUUGAAGGUUUAAAGUUGUUCUUUUGCAAAGCAAUUUAUCCCCACUAACCACAAACAAUAGUCAGGUUAAGGCUUAGUAUUGUGACUCAACAAUAUCACACAGUUCCUCUGUGUAUAAAUGGCUAAAUGUAUAAAGUGUAAAAGCGAUUUAGGUUCUAUUAAAUUUGGAUAUUGGAAUUUGGAAUCAAAGUUGAUUAUGGAAUAUUUAUAUUUGAUACAUUUCAUACAUUUUCCCAAUUAGAAUAGCUAAUUUUGUUCUAAAAUCUCAAAAAGCCUCUUUUUAUACUGUAACGACUUGGACAAUUUCAUUCUACUAAUUCAUUUUAAAUUCCAUCCAACAGUUGACAGUUUGUGGAAUUAGUAAAACGAUAUCUUUAAUACUUUUCUGGUUCUAGCGUAUUCUAGAUUAUGUGCAAAACUUUGUUCAAACCUAAAUCGUAAUUCAAGUCAAACUGCAAUAUAGCAUCUUCAAUACUAUAUCUUAAUAAUUAAACACAAAUAUAAAUUCCUGUAGUUUAAAUUGAACAGAUGCAGACAUAUUUGAUAUUGGUUCAGAGUAACACAGUAUAAAAAUGCAGUGAAUGUUUGCUUGUGAUCAAUAUCUAAUCAGCCUAUCAAAACUUUCCAAAGCCAAAACAUUUGCUCAAUAAAUUAGGGACUCGGGAUCUGGAAACUUACUGUAUGUUCGUGCUUUUCGCAAUGUUUUUAUUUUCACCCUUCAUCAAUAUUCAAGUGGUGUCUUUAUAAAAAGGAAAUUCUUGGCUAAGUUCCCACCCACAUAGUUUGCAGUGAUAAGCUCCUGACAUGGUCUGAUUACAUGGCAGCAAACUAUUCAAAUUGGUGCUUGGUUGUUAGGUGUUGUCGGUGUAUUGUCAAACCAAUUAAUCCCUAGAUAUCAUAUAAUACCGUAUCUAUAAUUAUAUCCCGUUUUUUUCAAUAAGAAGCUAUUAAAAAUUAGCAUAAUUUUCAGGGGCAUAUUGCCAGAAAAUUGUAUCAAUUAACCCAUGAUUAAGAUCGAUGUAUUGCGCCCUUCUUUAGUAUUUUACUCUGUCUAACCCCUGAUGAUUUUACAAUGGGUUAAAUUGUUAUUAGCUUUGCUUGUUCGUGAAACUGGUGAAGCAGUUAGUAAAAGGGCUCACAUUCCCAUCCAUGAAAUCUUUAAAGCACCAUGGAUGCCAUAUAUGGUGACCCGAAAAAAUGCAAUUUUAGCUAUUGUAUGUUCCAGAUUUUAGGACAGCUAAUUAUUAGUGGGCGUUGAAAUUUAAUCUAAGGCAUGAAUUUUGACACUUACAUUAUUAAAAUUAAUUAGAACUGUUUAAGUGGAAAUUUUUUUGUAUGUUACCCGCUCAAAACUAAUUAAUAUAAUUUUCCACUUGGUGAUGACUAUAUUCAAAUUAUUUAAAUUUUUGAUAUGUUUCUCAAGCGGCAAACAAACUUAAAAGUAUGUUUAGCGCUUUACCUGUAAAAUGAUGCUGAAAUGAAGAGAUUUUAGAUGGUAUACCAAAGAGAAAAUGAUGUCUGAAGUUCAGUAAGUUUUGCAAAUACAAUAUUGCUGUAAUGGCAUUUUACAGCAUCAAUGAUAAUUGUAUUUAAAUGGACAAUAUUUAACUAUUAUUUUGUGUUUCUCAACUGCCAGAUAGACUUAAAAUGGUUUCUAACUGUGUAAACUACAAAAUAAAGCUAAAAAGUAAUUUUUGAGAGGAACGUCAAAAAGAUUUUAGAUUUUGAACAUUUUUCAUUGCAAAAUUAUGCGUCAUAGAAAAAAAAUGCCUCUUAAUAAGAAAGCUCUGCCGGUUCACUUAGUGGAUCAUUGAAAUAAUGCACUCCCCAUGCAUAAGUUUUGUUAGGAAGCGCCAGCGCUCUCCCCUUGACGAGUAAAAUCAUCCAGCAUUACACAGAGUAAGAUAAUAAAGUGGGGCACAUCAGAGCACAAUGCGAUGGCUCAGUGGGUUAACUACAUGUAGAGACAUGGGCAGAUAGGCCAGUUAACCCAUUAAAUGCCAGCACUCUCCACUUGACAAGUAAAAUCGAUUGUCUGACGUUAGACAGAAUAAAAUAAUAAAGUAGGGUGCAAUGUGACUCAAUGGGUUAAACAGGCAUAAUAUUGGUUUUACUAGACCAACUUUAAUAAUCUUCCAUUCUUCUGGUUGAAAUUCAUCACUUACAUGUACAUUUAAUUUUUGAUAACUGAAAAUUAAAUAAUUAACUAAUAAUUAACUAUGCAGCAACCUGACUUGCCUUUCUUAACAGAUGAAGUAUAAAAACUCCACAUAAAGUACAGUAUUAAGACCAUUAUAAACAAACAUAAAAACACAACUGAUAUGCUAGCUUUAUUGCAUACCAGCUUGCAUUAAAGUGAAUUAUCGAGUUAAGAAUGGCUUAAAAAUUUCGCAGAUAUGAAUAAAACUGACAACACAAAGCAAGUACGGCAUGGAAUUUUACUACAGUAACUGAAAUGUUUACACUUACCCAAACCGGCACAACAAUGAUUAAAUUAUCAAAGACAUCAACAUCAAAACAAUUAUUAUACAAACUUUGUUUCACGGUUGAACAGCCACUAAUUCAUGAAACUGCAGGCUUAUUUCAAGUUAAAGUCGAGAAAAAAAACACUGUGUUGUGCUUUUGUAAACUUUUUAACGAAAUUUAAAACAAAAAAUUGCUGUAAAAUAGCAAAAUACAUCCUUUCAAAAUGAAAAACAAUUACUUCGACAGAGCUUGUACUCGCGCAUGUGCAUAACGUCGAAAACCGUCCAUGACUAAACAAAAUGGAGGACAACUUUGCACUCCGCCACAAAAUAGGAAAGUAUAGCAGAAGUGUAACUUGAGUUGGUGCCUUUGUUGUUUUACAUCCACAAAAAAUUUAACUCGCUCCCACCAAUCCAUGCCAUCCUGGCUAGUACAGCCGGAAAAGUUUUUAUCAGGUUUUGGUAGGUACAAAGUGCCGGGUGUACUAGCCAGGAUGGCGUGAUUGAUGACGAAUUGCUUGUAAAAAUGUGGACAAAUACUUGCUUGAGUGAGACUUCUGGUAUACAGGUACCUUCCUAUUCUGUGACUCCGCUAUGUUUUCACCAGUGGUUUUUACAUAUCCGGGUAUAAUUAGCCGUGCGGAAUUAGCACCCUUGCACGGCGCUUCACGCCGCCGGCUCGGGAAAAUGUGGAACAUAACAGUACUGUUCAAUUUUUUGGGCACCCAGUCCCUAUAUAGGGUGUACUGUAUCUGCACAGAUCUGUGUCUGAUUUGCCACAUUCAUUUUGUUUCAGCUUUCAGAAAUGGAGAAACAGACAAUUAUCCUUGAAAAGGUAUAAAUGGAGUUGAGAAAAUUAGUCAGAAAUUGAUCUCUUUUUAUUUUGUGGAAAAAAUGCCAUGUUUAUUAAUUUGUGUGUUUCUUAGGCCGCUCCUGAUCAGGGUUUCGGUAUAGCCGUAUCAGGUGGGCUGGAUAACCCACAUUAUGAGACUGGCGAUACAUCGAUCAUUGUCUCGGAUGUUGUAGAAAGAAGUCCUGCAGAUGGCUUACUUCGGUAGGUUCUUUGUGAUGGUGUUGGUCAAUCAAUCGCUGCAGCAUUCCUUGUCAAUAAUAUUUUCCUGACAGUAGGCUGGGGCAGUAACUUGUCGGUAGACUGGCAAAUUUGGAAAGCCAGAAAACUAAUAUAAAGAGUCACAAAUUGCCAUUCAUUCACACAGUAUGCAAGACCUAUACGGUUCCUAUAUAUAGAUAAUUAAAAUGCGAUCACAAAGCAGAAAGCUUCAUCUGAUGCGGAUUCAAAUAAGUAAAAGUAGAAGAGAUUUAUGGCCUAAUGUUAUUACUUUUCAUAUUAACAGGCCUAGGCUUUCAUUGGUAGGGAUGCAACUACAGUACCUGAAAAAUAUAAGGAGAAUUUCGACAUUUCAAGCGAAGGGCCAAAUAACCCAUUAUUGCUCGAAACGUCAAAAUUCUCCUUAUAUUUUUCAGGUACUGUAGUCGCAUCCCUACCAAUAAAACUUGUUAAUAUUAUUGGCACUAUUUUAACCUGUACACUGGCGCUGAGACAGUUCAAGAUUACUUUUCAUAGUCCAUUUUUUGUCUUUGAAAAUGAAGCAGGUUUUCUAAUGUCAAGAUGAUGUGGAGAGAAACACCUUUAUCAUGUUUUUACGUCUGGUUUUGUUUUUUAAUCCGCCCCAGCCUAACAGACAAUCUAUUUUUGUUGCAGCAAUAAUGAUGUUAUUCUCAGUGUAAAUGGUGUGAAUGUCGAAGGUGUGGAACACAGUGUUGCUGUUGAAGCAUUGAAAAACAGUGGCUAUUCUGUCAAACUGGUAGGAAAUGGUUCAUUAAAGUUUUUUCAAAGAAAUAUAUACUUUAGGAGUCUCACAAACACAUGCUGGCAGACACUUUAGGCCACACGUUUUGACAAUCGAUAUACAUUAAAGUAACAUACUUUUUGUUUUUCAUUCAAAAGUACAUACAUAUUUAAGUCACAGAUUUUCCUAAUUCAUAUUAGGCAUACUUGCAAAACAUUCAUAACUAUGCACAAUUACGGGAACCACAGAGUAUUUUAAUAAAAUAUAAAACAACGGUAACUCCGAAAAUAAACAUUUUAAUAUUCUACCUUAAAAUUGACUAAGAUUGACAGUCUUCAUCAGGAAUCAAUAAAUGAUUGAAUCUUAGUCAAAAGCUAGAAUAUUAAAAUACCGUUCUUACCAUUGUUUUAUAUUUGCACAAUUCCCCCAUGUUUUCUCUGCUUAAAUUAAAGUCUGGUUGGUUUUCGCAAAAAGUUUUAGACAUUAUGUACAGUAUACAGAUUGUCAAGUUUUCCUACGAAUUGCAGGGCAGCAGGUUCGAUUCCUGCCAGUGGGCCGAUAGUUGCAUUUUUUACAACUGUUCUUGGGCCCUAAGAAGUAUGUGAGAAAACAUUUUCCACUAAUUUAAUGUGCCUCAGCCAGUGGAAUAAUAACACUUUAUUAUUUUCAGGUGAUCUUACGAAGAAAGCCCAGCACAGCAUCAUCAUCCCCGACCUCACCCUCGAUUCCUGCCAUCCAAGAACCUCCCCCAGCUCAGCAUCAACGAGCUCUGGCAGAGACCAGCAAGGAACCAAGAAAUGUGAUGUUAAGUAAACAUCCAGCGGAAAGUUACGGAUUGUCUUUGGGGAGUAUUUUGUUUGUGAAAGAUCUGGAUCAGAGAGGGCCUGCCGGCCGAGAUGGACAGUUGGAGUUGGGUGAUGUUAUUCUCAAGGUACAGUAAUACAGUAGUUUACAGUACAUCAUUUUCAGGCUGCCUGAGCGUGAUUAGCACAACAAGAUAAGUGACUAGGUUCAAGGACGGAUUUUCAUUUUUUUAAAAGGUCAGUGGUGGAAAAAUUUCUAGUGGGGUGCGAGCAGCACCACUUUGGCAGGGGUUAGGGGUUAGGGUUAAAGACUUUCACUCCAAAUAGGAGGGGUGAAGCAAAAUUUUGUUGGGGUUGAAAACUUUAUAAGAGCGUAAUGUCGUUGAUGUCACUCUGAACUUGCAUAUCCACACCGGGCAGGCUGAAAAGUUAGCCUGACUAUGGUGGGUUAGAGAGAUUCUAGAGGGGGUUUAACCCCCCCCCCCCAGUAAAUCCAGCCAUGACUAAGUUUCUGUUAUAUUAUUUUGUAACAAUUCGCAUUUUUCCAUUUAAGAUAAAUGACAAGAGAGUGGAUGACAUAAGUCGACCAGAUGCUGUAAACAUCAUGAGAAAUGCUCCAGAAAGAUUAGAUCUUGUUGUUCUAAGAAACAAGGAUGUUCCACCAAAUAUGCCUGCAAGGUAAUUGGUGCAUAAUGUGCAAAUAUUGCUGUACUGUAGAUCCAUACUGGAUAAUUAGUGACACCACGCAACGUUAAUGCAGUAUCAACGAUGGUGCAUCUGCGUAUAAGCGUAGUAUACAGUACUAAUGAUUCUGUUUUCAUAGGUUUGCAGGAGUAAAUGAAUCGCUGUCGAUGACGAGAUCUACAAUGGUAGAAAGUGCAAAUAAUGGUAUGAAUGGGCAAGGUGAGCACCAGGGGUCUACCACUCUACCUUAACUUUUUUGGCUACUAGUGAACAUGUGCUAGUAAGUUUCACUGUUUCUAGCAAAAAGUGCAAAGUUACGAGCAAAAUUUAUCAAUCUUUGCAUCUAUUUCAUGCAUAUGCAUUAAUGAAACUGCUGGUCGUAAUACAGUAGAUAGCUUGCACUGAGUCUGUCUAUCGUCAGAGACUUGGAAAUAAAAAUCUCAUUUCUGAAACUUUUCUGGGAUUGCUUAAUAAUUUACCCAAAUUAAGUCCAAAGUUGCAUUUUGUGAGUGUAAAAUAAGAUUGAGUGACUAUGCAACAGUUUCACCAUAAAAAUCACUAUUCAAAGUUCUCAUCGUAUUUAAUGCUGUUCAAAGCACAAAUAUCUCACAUGAUUGUUUCUUAUUUCAGACUUGAUUGCAUUUAAACAAGGCCAGUGGCAAGGUGGUGGACCAAGAGGUAGGUGCAGUACAGUAAUUGCAGUGCCUUUAAUGAAGUUAGGCAUCGGAAGGCUUGAAAUAACAGCUGAUUACUGAUCUGAACGGCAAGAAAUUGUUUACGAUCUGCAGAAUAGUAGGGUUUUCAUCAGAAAAAGUGGGGAAAGUCAUGACUUUAACUGUUGGUCACAAUGAUUGGGAACUUCAUAUGUCCUGCAUCGCAUUAUACUGUAUUCAUUGUGUGAGUUUCAGGUAGUCGGUUACGUGUUAAAUGUAAAACGUAACAGAAUGGUGAACAUGCAGAUUCGACCAUCUCAAAUAAUGGAAAUGUUGGGAUAGUAGUAUUGCAGACUGCAGAGCCUCUGCCAGAGGAGAGUGGGCAGUAAGGCUCCCUCACACACCAUCCCGUGGAAAGCAUGCACCCCUCUUUGCAGAUGAGGCUAGAUGAGGCUGUACACAACAGAUACGCUGUAUCUGGGGGAGACUAAUAGUUUGCUAAACUGGCUCUAGGGCACCUAACCUUUGUGUCACAGGUUACAGGGCACUCCAUUGUAGUAAUACAGUAUGUUUGGUUACUGAUCAUAUUCUGCAAACAAGGUGCGGUUAUCAAUGGACCAUUUACAUUAUAGACUAAAUUUUGAUCUAGACAGGUCUAGACAAAAAUUUCAUCACAGCUCGAAAGAGCGUCACAAAAUUGGUAAUAUUCCAAAGUUUCGUUGCGAAAUGUUGUAAAAUGCGGAUAAUAUAUCAUAUAUGUACUGUAGCCUUGUGAAGUUUGCCGUUUUUCAGUCAUUUUGUAUUACUGUACAACGGGAAAUUGACAGCCCUAAAGGGUAUUGGGCUGUCAAUUUCCCAUGCGUAAAGUUCAGACACACCGGACGCGAUUCGACAAUGCAUUUAAAUUAGAUUUUUAAUUUAGAUUUAUCUCCGCAUUUUACAACAUUUCGCAACGAAACUUAGUCUUUGGAAUAUUACCAAUUUUGUGAUGCUCUUUCAAGCUGUGAUGAAAUUUUGGUCUGGACUUGUUUAGAUCAAAAUUUAGUCUAUAAUGCAAAUGGUCCAUUAAAAACGAUGAAAUUCAUACAAACAGCUAAGGGAUGGUGCACACCAAACGUAUUUUGUCUUUUUCAUUCUCCCAUUCCUCAGCCAGCCGAAACAUCAUAUUUAUCUUCAAAAUUAUUUGUCUUUCAGAUGGAAUGUGGGAUAGCACGUUACGCAGCACAGCAACAUACAGUAUCUCGAGUGCUGGAAAGCGAAGUGACGAACGUGAACGAGACAUUGAUGCAAGGAGGGACAAGAAAUUCCACGGGUAAGAUUUUUUGCGAAAAUAUCACUUCAAGACUAUUUGUAAAACUGAACUAAAUAUCAAAUUUGUGUUUUAGUGAGCCACAUCUUGUGUCAUUCCACCGCACAGGAAGCAGUCUUGGUAUCCAGGUCGCUGGAGGAAAUGCUGUUGGCAUCUUUGCAAAUGCAAUCAAGGAUGGAAGUCCAGCACAAGUUGCUGGUCUCCGUGUUGGGGAUCAAAUUUUGUCUGUAAGUAUUGAUAACUAAUUGAUUUUGACUGGUCUUAAUUGUUAAUUGCUGCUAAGCGCAGUAAGGCAGCACAAUAUUGUUGACACUGAUAAAGGUUCUCCGGAGUUCAGUCUAGGCACAGUCUUCCUCGCUAUCUAUGUACCAUACUAUAUUGUUGCAAUCUCGAUUUUGCGUCGGUUGGAUGUCUGGAUGUCUACUUGCCAAUUAACGAACAUGGUAAACAGAUGUCCAUUCCAAUAAGUAAAUUCCAAAUUAGCAAACGUAAUAAAUGGAAAAUAGAGGGAAAUUGUAUGGUUGCAUUAUCUGGCUAUCUGAUCUCUUUGGACUAAAUUGUAUUAUUUCAAGAGCAUUACAUCUAAAAUGUAUUAAGUGAUGAUUUCAGUGGAUAGUAACUUCUAGUUUACUAAUUAAUGUACAAUUGAUUUAAUUAAACGCAUGUUUAAUAUUUUAGGCGAAUGAUAUUGAUUUCAAGGAUAUCACAAGAGAAGAGGCUGUUCUCAUUCUUUUGUCCUUGCCUGAGGAAGUCAGCUUGCUUGUGCAGUAUAAGAAAUCUGGUAAAUUUAUUGCUUUAAGUUUGUAGACAUUAGUGAUUACUGUAGUUUUGUUAAUUUUGUGAUUGUGCGAUUGUUUGAUGAAAGAAAUAAAUCUUUGUCUUUGUAGUUUAUGACAAAUCCAAAGAUUCACCUGGUGACUCAUUUUAUGUCAAGUACGUUUGAAUUUGAAUUUACCACGCAUACCAUACAGUAUACAGUAUAUAUCCAGUUAUCCACCCAGAGUUAAAAGGAAACAUUUAAUCAUCACCAUCAUCACCAUCAUCAUCAUCAUCAUCAUCACCACCAUCAUGCCAUCAUCACCAUCAUCAUGCCAUCACAAUUAUCAUGAUCAUGACCAUUAUCACCAUCACUAACAUCAUCAUCACAAUCACAUACACCUGUGUAGAAACUCCCCCCAAAUAUCAUCAAAUGGCUAAAUUAAUCUUUCAUUUUCCUUAGGGCCCAGUUCCACUAUGGAGGAUCAGAUGAAGACGAACUGUCGUUCAGAAGAGGAGAGGUCUUCCAUGUACUUGAUACGAUGAAUGGUGGUACCAUUGGAUCGUGGAGAGCACAGAGAGUCUUACAGAGUGGCGCUGAGACGGAAGUUGGUAUUAUACCAAACAAAUGCAGGUACUGCAUGGUCAGAUUUACAGUGGCCGAUUUUAGCUAGGAUUUAUGAUUUUGGGAGUGUUUCUUAAUUUCCAGUGAGUGUGCGUGUCAAAUUCCAAGAAUAGUCAAAACUACCAUUCUAAUUAUGGUCGCUAAGUGUUAUUUUCUGCUGGCUGAGGUACGAAAGAAGCAGAAAAUGUUUUCUCACACAAGGCUGGGAGCCCGAUUGUGAAUCGGGUGUGUUCGGGUGGUGCAGGUUAAGACAGCAGCUCCCAGCAGUGUGUGAGAACAAUCCUUUUUAAUUUAACCCAUUUGGAGUUCCAGCGCUCUCUCCUUGAUGAGUAAAAUCGUCUGGCGUCAGACAAAGUAAAAUAAUAAAGUAGGACACAUUAGAGCGCUAAGGUUAGAGUUUUUGCAUUAUAUAUACAGUAUACUGUAUAUAUAGUACUGUAUGUGCUGCAACCAAAUUCCAGGCAAUCACGCACGCGCUCAUACCCUGUACUGUAUGUUACACUCUGACGUUACAAUUGUUACAUAGCAAGAUAUUUUAAGACCAAUAUGUUUAUCAUUACUAAUCAGUCACAAUAAAAUAUACAAUUACUACAUAGAUCUGCUUAAAAGAUUGUGGUCCACGUUUGAAGCCCUCUCUUGUAUUUUCCCUAGAGCUGAGCAGUUGGCCAUUGCUCAGGAUUUGGAAAUGAAGAAGGGUGUCAAUCCCAAACUGAAAUCUGGAACAUUGAAAAGAAAAGAUGGAAAGAGUAACACUCCAAAGAAGAAGCAGUACCAAGCUGCUGAUCAACUCGAUGAAACAUCAUUCCGUAAGUAGAAUACUGCACUGUAUGGAACUCAGUAUACUACUAUACAGAAGAUGGGUUUCACUAGUAGACCGUAUCGCACGUUACAAGUGGGGUCACGCAAACGUUGUUGGUUUCAAUGUCUUAAAGUUUUAUAAUUGAAACAUUUUGAUUUUCUAGAGCUUGAUAUCAAGUAUCCUGCCUAUGAAAGAGUUGUCAAACAAAAAGGUAAAGAUAUGAUUCACACUAUCUGUAGAUCUUUCACAACGACUUAAUUUAUAUUAGCAUAUAUUGUGCUUGUAACAUACAGUGGUGUAAUGACGGCGUUUUGAAAGGUUACCAUUUUGUUUUGUAUUCCGUACUCAGUGGAAAUUCUAUAGAAGUCAUCUGGAAAAAGUUUAAGAAAAGUUUUGCACAUUUCCAUUGUAUGGAAAUUUUCCAGAAAAGGCGUGGAAAUAUUUUAGAAACCUUAGAAAUGUUUCCAGUGAUAAAGUGAAUAAUACAGUAUAAUCUUCCUCCCAUAGCUGGGUAUGUUCGUCCUGUGGUCUUGUUGGGACCAAUUGCUGAUAUUUGCAGAGAUAAACUAAUGGUGGAAUAUCCCGAGAAAUUCACUUCACCUGGUACGUACAUUAUUAUUUCCUUGAAAUACUUCAUAUAUAUGUUUUACUGUACGUGUUUCUUUAGCCGGUCAGUCUUGAGUGUUUACCUAUAUAUUUAUCACGUUUUAUUUUCUAUAGCUACAUUUGGUCGUUUUGAUGCCAAUAAACAGUCCGGAAUCAAGCUCAGUGCUGUCCGAGACAACAUUGCCAGUGUAUGUAUUUUGUGUAGUAUUUAUAUGUAAUAUUAGUAUGUAAUAUUACAAUACUGUACAAUGAAAAUUAUGAACGUACGUAAAAAGUUACAAUCAGAUCAAAUGUAUGAAACAAACAAACAAACGAAUAAUCUAACGAGCAACCUAACGAGCAAACUAACGAGCAAACAUGAUAUCGUGUGUUUAGGGCAAACACAGUUUACUUGAUGUCACGCCUGAAGGAGUUGAAAUGUUGAAUUUCGUUGGAUUGGAACCAAUUGUUGUGUUCAUGCAGCCAAGUAAUAAACAACUUAUCAAGUAAGUUAGCUAAAGACAACAGAGGGUGCUUCUUUGCGCGCACUGGUCAAGUUUUACAAUUUUGCUCCAUUAUUUAUCACACGUAUCUUGUAGGGACCUGCGUCACGAUUUGACCAACAAAACUCACUCCGCGAGAUUUGUGAAGAAACUUUACGACCAAGCUGAAACUCUCAGUAUCGAGUAUCCGUACUUGUUUACAGGUGAGUUACUGUGGAUUUGUAACAUACAGUUUAUGUCUGCCCUCGUGGGAAAUACAGUAGUUGGUUUUGUUUUCCCCAGAAUUUUCAUUGAGAUUCGAUGGAAAACAAAACAAUUUAAAAGUUUUAUGUACAAAACUGUUAGUCUGUUAAUAACAUGGUUCCUAGUUACUUAUCAAGAAAAUUUACUCAACUUCUUUGAUAAUCGAACACAAUUUUCGAGGCUCUAAUCACAAACUUUUUGUUCCAAGACCCUUAACUGAAUCCUUAAAGAAAAGCUUUACUUAUAUAGGGGCUACGCUAUGGAACCACAUACCCGUCGAACUCACUAGGGCUGAAUCUCUCGUUGAGUUUAAACCUAAAAUUUCUUAAUAAUUGUAUUGUCUGUAAAUAUAGUCUAAAUAUUUUGAUAUUUAUUAGAAAUGAGUUUACUAGCAUACUAGGUACACGUUUCCAUUGAAGAGCACUUAUUUUAACUUGUGAAAUGGAUCUCGUGUUUUAAAUAAAGAUGUCAAUCAAUCAAUCAAUCAAUCCGGUUCAUUAUUGUUGACAAGAUCGUAACCUGAUGUAUAUCUUGUGAUUUAGCUGUGAUUUCUCUGGAACGAAACAACAAAUGGUACACAGAUUGUAUUGAUCUCAUCAAGAAACAACAGGAAGAUCCUAUUUGGCUGCCUGAAACGCUGGUAAGAAUUUUACUCGUGAAAUUUUGGAGGGAAAUUUCGGCUACUUCACUGCGAUUCUAUAUUUUCCAUAUUUUUUUUAAACUGUAUUGAGCCACCUUCAACUCUUGGUUUUGAAUCUCUCAAUAUAGAACCAACAGGAACAACCUCACGAUGACGAAGUUGUCCUCCAAAUGCCGCGACGCUCUGUUGGCUAUGACAUGGAUCAGAGUGGGUUAGACCUCCCCGGUGAUCUUGAGCGUAAACCCGAGAAUUACCCCAACCCCCCUGACGAGGAAAUUGUCGUGGCGGCAUCCGCUUCCAUGGAGCAAUCUGAACAAGCCCCCGUUGUCCAGGCGUUCAGCGUCACACCAGAAGUCACGGAAAGGGAUUGGCGAGAGGAAGAGGAGCGUGAAUUUCAGAGAAAGCAAGAACAAGAACGAGAAUUUCAGGUAGGGUUGAGUCGUAGUCGACAGGGCUCAAGGGGCUGAACUUCCCUUGUUAAAAAUUUCAUGCCGAUUUGGGGGGCUGACCUCCCAAUAUUUUUGCAGAUUGAAUGUUCAUAACGUGGAAAGUUCAUUGCAGCUGUAGGGUUGAAUUGAUGCAGUAAUGAUGUUAGUAAUCUGUACUUGAUUACUAGUCACUUACAGCAUAUUGAUAAUCGGUAGAUAUCGAUUGAUCGGCCGAAAUUGUUUAGCAGUGCUUUCAUUUCCCAUUGCCUGGAAUUCUUUAGAUUCUCGGUAAAAGAUUCCUCAGAUUUAGUAAAAUUUCUUUAAACAUGGGGCAGGCAUGUUUUUUGGGAAUUCAUGGCCUGAAUGAUUGAGAAUUACAAAGUUAGGUUUCCAGAAUUUUUGUCUCAUUUGGGAAUUGGGAUUUUGAGCAGCAUCGCCAGAAGGGAAUUCACAUAGUUGGUCAAGGAAUAUCUUCCUUCGAAAAAUUUUUGCAGUCCUGAAUGCAUAAUACUGCAUUUCCUGCGUUUUUAAAAAGUAUUUUUUGCAUAAAUAACAGCCAAAUUGACUGAUUUUUUAAAUAUUAUUUCAAUAUUUUCAAAUAUUAGAUAAAAACUACAAAUUCCUUAGAAAUUCCUUUGAAAUUCCUUAAAAGUCUCCUUAAAAACUGAUAAUUUCCUCAGUUUAAGGAAAUUUCCUUAAAACUGAGAGCUCUGUUGUUUAGUUUAUUCGGGCUUUGAAUCGUCAACAAAUUUAUCGCUAAUUUCAGGAGCGAGAAUUUCUACGAAAGCAAGAAGAGGAACGAGAAUUUCUACGAAAGCAAGAGGAGCUGAGAAUUGAGGAGGAAGAGCGAGAGUACCAACGGCGUCAAGCGGAAGCGGACCGGGAACGAGAGAAGGAACAAGACAGGGAUAGACUGGACAAAGAUGAGUACGAGAGACAAUUGGAGCAACGCGAGUACGAGCGAAGGCAGUACGAAGAAAACCGAAGAAGCUACGAUGGUGACGAACAACGUCGUAAUGAGAGGAAGCCUUAUAUCCCACCUGGAGUCAAGUGAGUUAUACCUCGGUCUGUGUGCUUAUCUUUCAGUGGGAUCACUUUAAAAUCGAACAGUUUAAGGACAUUGGCAAAAAAAAUUAGUUCAGUGCAUUUGAAAGAACUCUUAAAACUAUAUAUUAAACUGUAUUACAGAUUUUUUAUAUCUUGCUGACAGUAGUUUUCAAAAUAUUUCGAUUGAAAAAUUGAGCUUUUCGCCAUCUUGGAUUAUUGAGGAUAUGCGGUUAGCGCUAUUUUCCAUCCAGCAAACUGACCUGACCUCAUUUUCGGAAGAUGGAAGAGGUGUUAACUAAUGUAACUAACCCAUACCCUACCCCUACUCUAACCCCUAACCGCAAUCCUAACUCUAACCCUAACCCUAACCCUAACCCUAACCCUAACCCUAACCCUAACCCUAACCGAAAUAAUAAAAAAAUCCAAAAAGAAACGACUUUAAAAAAUCAAUAAGGCGGUUUGCUGGAUGGAAAAUAGUGUUAACCAGGAUAUGCAUGUUACGUCAAGAGAGGGGUCACGCUAAUUUUAUUAUCUUGAGAGUAAGCGAUCAAUAUUGGUCCAAAAAUUUGUUUCUGGUUGCUCUCUGAAAUUUAGAAAUGAUUAAGAACAUUUCAAACAAUUUUAGAUUGUUACUUGGUUAUUUUAGAGUAAUAUUAUUAUUAUAUGGUUAACCCAACAAACCUUAGUUAAUGAGGUCAAGAUGGCAAACAGCUCAUUAAUUUCAGUCUAAAUAUUUCGCGAACUAAGCAAGAUAUGACAAAUCGGUAGUAGAGUUUAAUAUAUAAUUUUAAGAAUUCUUUUGAAUGAGACAAACUAUUUUUUUAUUGCCAAUGUCCAUUUAGUACGAAAGCUUUUAAUCACAUUACACGAAGACAUAUUGCACAUACCAGCUACAUGCAAACCUAGCUAGCGUACUAUCAAAGCUAAAGCUCUCUAGAGUCUAGUGCUUAGUGAAAUCCUGCACCUACAGUAUACAUACAGACGAAUUCAAUAACAGCGAUAUUUUUAUUCAGGGUUCUGCCAGGCGCACUUCCCCCUGUAGUGCUGAAGAAAACUGAUUCUGGAGGUCGCAGAAGUCCUCGGGACGAGUCCUACCAAGACGACGCUCGACCUUCCGUACAACUACGACAUGUAGAACGAGAUUCAGAGGCCGAGCAGUACGACGAGAGGAUUGGGGUGAAGGUUUCAGAUCUGUUUGAUAUUGGCAAAGACAUUCAAGCCGGAGGGGAGUAUAUGGAAGAUGGCAGACGUGUUGAACGAAGCGAUGAACGCCGCUACAGAAGGUAGACAUUAAAUAUUGUUGCGUUGUGUAAAACGUGGGGGCGGUUGCAUCUAACACCAGACUGAUAGGGGAUCUGACCGGACCUCUAGGACAAGGCUGGAUUUGGAUUUUCACCAGAGGCAUAACCAGGGGGGGGAUAGCGGGGGGCGACGGGGUCCGGACUCUUCUUCGGGACCAAUUUUGUAAGUCCUUCAAAACUGAGAACUGGGAGGGGGAGCGUAACCUCUUAAUGUUUUAACUAUGACAUAAAAUAUACCAAAUAUGUGGCUUUCAGAUUAUCAUAAAUGCAUGAAAUAGCGUUUCGUAUGCCAUAAAGAUAGAAAACCUUUCUAGGGAACCAUGCCCCCGGACGGCUGUACGCCUCCACUUGUUCGGGGAAAUACUGUACUUCCACUGUCAAGGGAGGUACUGUAAUCAUGCCAUCUCUUCACAUUUCCCCUUAAAAUCCCGCCUUGUUCUAGGAAUUAAGGACAGUUUAGAACAGAUAGAGACGUCCAGUUCAAAUAAAGUUAGUUCAGUUCUGUAUCACCGUUUCCAGAGUCCAGAGGAUUAUAACUAUAUUCUUUCAUACGUACGUACGUUCACUUGAAAUGUUUAUUUUCACCACGUAUUUCUUCGUCGUAAGAAGUUCUGAAUUUUUUUUUAAAAAUCAUCACUUUCAAUUAAAGAAUAUUUUCACUAUUGUUCCUUACCGCCUCCCCCAUUUUCGCAGGUUAUUUAUAUAGGGAAAGUGUCGACAUUUUGAUUCGGCCCCUCGCAUCUUCAUACGUGUCGGUAGAUGAAAAUGUUCAAAAACAGAUCAAACUUUGUAAAUCUCUGUUCACAAACCAAACAAAUUAUUUACCCCCAUUGUUUGGCAAACUUAGCUAAAAAUACUGUAUCAACUAUCAAGUCUAAAACAUUUCGACCUUUUUUCUUGUCUUAUCAAAUAAAAAGGAAAACACUUUUAAAAAUACUCUGGUUAGAAUUUUCUGGGUCAGUAUAAACAAUAACCCUAUUUGGGUUCACUUAAUAUUCCUCGUUAAAUUUCCUGACUAUUUUAACCUUUUUCCUGCUAUAGUCUACUUAAUUUGUCCGGAAUGUCCUGGCUAAAUUAAUCGGUCUUUGUUACGUGGAUAGUAAUAUACAUAAAAAUAUUACUCGACUGUGAUUGCCUGAUUUCAGUGCAGUGCAAAAUCUGUAACAACAGUGCAAAAAUCUGUAACUAAUCUGAUUGGUGGGAAAAGCAAUGGUUGGUUGUGAUUGGUUGAUUUCAGUGCAGUUCAUCUCAAACAGCAGUGCAAAAAUCUGCAACAAACUAAUCUGAUUGGUGGAAAAAACAAUGGGAUCUAAAAUCAACCAAUCAGCUUUUUCAUCUUUUUUUAAAAUGUAAAAAACUUCACCUUAAACAAGACUAACAAGACACGAUUGAGCGAAAUUUUCAAGCCGUUAGCGUUGUAUGAUGUGAUAUAACAAAGCAGGAAAAUUUUGUCAGUGAACGGUUCGUUAAACUAUAUACAAUAGACAGCUUGCAUGUUAGACUAAUUUUUGAUUUAGGUAAAGAAAGUAAAUUCCCGUAAAGAACCUAUUAAAAUUGGUAAAAUUGCAAAAUUUGGUUACGAAAUAUUGUAAAAUACGGAAAAAUAUAACCUUGCGAAGUUUGCAUAUUUUGUAUAUGUUUGUAUUACGUGCGGAAAUUAUUACAAUUUUUCGUUAAAAUUUUGUUACCACUCGUCCUAAAUUUUGUUACCACUCGUCCUUCGGACUCGUGCUACUUUGACACUCUUUGAAAAACGCACUCGUGCAUAUUUUAUUCAUAUUGCACUCGAAACCAUACUAUUACCUAAUACCUAUACUAACCGGGAAAUUCUAACCACAGUGUUUUUAGAGUCCAGAAUAAAGUCGUUGUGUAACCUUACUAAUAAACCCUGAAAUUUAAAAGGUUAUUAGUACUGCAACAUUAGGUGUUUCGACCUUCUGUAUUUUUUACGAAAUGAAAAGAAACCCUUGUGAAAUCGUAACUGUAUAACACUUCAACCGCCUUUGCAGUGACAGUGAUGACGACGAAGCGGGAUUUUCUCGCGACCCGCGGGAAUCUCGCGUGACUGACACGCAAGACGUGGAGAGACGCGGCGAGCAAAUAAAUGAGGAGCUGGUGCGGACUACCGUGAAACCAGUUGAAGCGGGCCCAGUCGAUUUUGAAGAUGUGUUCAGGUAGAUUGACGCGCAGUCCUGAGACCUAGACUCGCUUCGGUGUUAAAGAUUGGCUGUUUUAUACAUUGAAAUUAUUUUUACAAUUCCGAGGAUGGAUGUUAAUGGAUCAUUUGGGUGGUGAAGACAGAUGAGAAAAAUUGAGUGAAAUGUUUGAUGGUAGAAUGUGAUAUGUUGUUUUAAGAGGAAAUUUUUUGUAUGUUACGUAACACGCGCUAAAAACUAAUGAAUAUGAUAUUCCAACUUGGUUUUGACCAGUUUUGAUAUACGUUUCUCAAUCGGCAAACAAACUUAAAAAGUAUGUUUAUAAAAUACUGCUAAAAUGAAGAGUUUUUAGAUGGUACAACGCCAAAGAGAAAAUAUCUGAUGUGCAGUAAGCUUUACUUAUAUUGCUGUAAAUAUAUAGCCUCAAUUCGAAAGCACCAUUGAUGACAAUUUUUAACUAUUAUUAUUUUAUGUUUUUCAACCGGCAGAUGCAUUUAAAAAGGUAGCUAACUGUAUGAACAAGAAAAUAAAGAAACGCCAAAAAGACUUUUUCCAUAAACUACAUUUUCAAAAUCUCCGAACCCUUGAACUGAUUGCGAAGUCCCUUUAAAGUCAUGAAAUUUUUUCGAAGUUCUGUUUGUUUAAAAUUGGCAGUUUAAAAUGACACUAAAAAGCCAAUAUAAAAUAAAAAAAACUUAACUGUAUAUUGUAUAACGAAAUAUAAAAAAUAUUCACACGGCUCUUAAAAUACAUUUAGGCGGUGAUAAGAAUCACGGAAUUAAUUUUACGUGGCCUAAUCGCAAGAUAGUACGCGACAUAGAAAAAAUUGCCUCUUAACGUUAAUUGUGUGAGUUGUAUAUGUGGUUAUUUGUUGCUUUUUGCGGCAUCAUGAUUUAUUGAUUGUUAAUAUUGAUUGAUCAAACUAUUUUCAACAACAAUUUCUAAAUUGAUCAUAUAAUGAUUUUACUGAUUACGUUAAUGCUCAAAUCACCAAAUCAAUCGUAUAAUUGAUUAAUAUUUAUUGUGAUUUAAAGUAUUAUUAAUGAAAUACAUACAUAUUAUAGAAGAGUCAAUCAUUAACACUGAAGUGUUGCAAUUAAGCGGAUAUUAAGUUCAAGUGCGUCAGGUUAGCAAAUUUAUUGCGUUGCCCGUGGCUUAUGUUGGCAAGGUGACGAAACUCGUGCAAUAAUGCAUUUGGCUAUGUUAAUUCCGUUUUAAAGACAUUCACAUUAUGCAUUCACUUCACAUCAUUCCAUUCUAUCUAGUAAUCCUAUGUCGCCCAACAAACAGCAUGAAUUCACAUUGUGCAUAAUUACUGAACAAUAUUUGAACAGGAAGUUCGAGUCACUAAAUAUGAGUGGAGCUUCUCUUGAUAUUGUACACCAAGACAUUGAGAGUAAAAAAUUAGCCUUUUUAACAGCUUUUCGGUAAUUUCAUAAUGCAUGACUAAUGACCAUUUGCAUUAUAGACUAAAUUUUGAUCUGAACAAGUCUAGACAAAAAUUUCAUCACAGCUUGAAAGAGCAUCACAAAAUUAGUAAUAUUCCAAAGUUUCGUUGCGAAAUGUUGUAAAAUGUGGAUAAUAUAACCUUGCGAAGUUUGCCGUUUUUCAGUCAUUUAGUUGCAUUACGCGGGGGAAAUUGACAGCCCAAUACCCUUUGGGGCUGUCAAUUUCCCGUUUGUACUUUGUAAUACAAAAUGACUGAAAAACGGCAAAGUUCGCAAGGCUAUAUUAUCCGCAUUUUAAAACAUUUUCGCAACGAAACUUUGGAAUAUUACUAAUUUUGUGAUGCUCUUUCAAGCUGUGAUGAAAUUUUUGUCUAGACUUGUUUAGAUCAAAAUUUAGUCUAUAAAGCAAAUGGUCCAUUGACGAUUAUGCGCUGCGAUACCCAUCUGUCUAUGCGUAUCAGUGUAAUUUCCAUAUGCAUUCACAUAUACAUUCACAACAUACAUUCACCUCUAUCACCGCUUAACAAAUUUUACAUUAUUCCUUGACUAAUUCUCUCCUCCAUUAUCUAUAGUUCUCAACAGACUACGAGCAAUCGUUCUCAGACCACGACAGAGUAUAGGACUAGUUACCAGGUUACGAAGCAAGCACGAAACACGGUUGUUGACACUCGUGGCGGACGAAGAGUUGAAGGUGGUGUAUUCAGCGAGUACUACCCUGGGCGCUCACGUGCUAAGAUUGUGAAUAUUGAUGAGGAGAAACAAGGAGGAUAUGUGGGACGUGAGGAACCUCAAGUGAAGGUAAGGGAUAU